AUGGGUAUUUCCAUCAACAAUAUCUUCGCCGUCAAUGAGGACCGGCCGACUCCAAAGGUCGUUUACAAUUGGCGCGUUUACACUUGCGCUGCCAUCGCCUCUUUCGCAUCAUGCAUGAUCGGCUAUGAUUCCGCCUUUAUCGGCACCACGAUCGCGCUGCCGUCCUUUACCGAGGAAUUCGAUUUUGCAUCUUACGAACCCAACGAUCUUGCUCUUCUCAAAUCCAACAUUGUCUCCGUCUAUCAAGCAGGUGCUUUCUUUGGCAGUUUAUUCGCCUACAUCACCUCCUAUUUCAUCGGGCGACGUUACUCCCUGAUUGCUUUCAGCUUUGUGUUCAUGGUUGGCGCCGGCAUGAUGCUUGGCGCUAAUGCUGAGCGUGGCCUGGGACUCAUUAUUGGCGGCCGUGUUCUCGCUGGAGUUGGAGUUGGCGCUUGCUCUAACAUGGUCCCGAUCUACUGCUCCGAGCUGUCUCCUCCUGCUAUUCGAGGUCGCCUCGUUGGUAUCUACGAACUUGGUUGGCAGAUUGGCGGCCUUGUCGGGUUCUGGAUCAAUUAUGGGUUGGCUGAGACGAUGGCUCCUAGCCAUAAGCAGUGGAUCAUUCCCUUUGCUGUCCAGCUCAUCCCCGCAGGUAUGCUGCUCUUCGGUGCCUUCUGGAUCAGGGAGUCGCCUCGUUGGCUAUUCUCCAAGGGCCGCCGUGAGGAAGCCAUGAAGAACCUAUGCUGGGUGAGGCAGCUGCCGGCUAAUGACCUUUAUCUCGUCGAAGAGGUUAGCUACAUUGACCAGGAACUCGAUCGCUACAACAAAGAAGUCGGACCCGGUUUCUGGAAGCCAUUCACUGCGCUCAAGAGCCGCAAGGUUCAAUGGCGCUUCUUCCUCGGCGGCAUGAUGUUCCUCUGGCAGAACGGCUCCGGCAUCAACGCCAUCAACUAUUACAGCCCUACUGUGUUCAAGAGUAUCGGCAUCCAAGGCACUAAUACCUCGUUCUUGACUACCGGUAUUUUCGGCGUGGUUAAAACGAGCGUUACUAUCAUCUUUAUUCUGUUCCUGAUCGAGACCGUGGGACGCAGGAAGUUGUUGAUUAUUGGAUCAGUCGGUGGUUCCCUCUGUAUGUGGUUUAUCGGAAGCUAUAUCAAGAUAGCAGACCCGGCUGCCAAGGUGGCGGCUGCUGCGGCCACCGGAGCCUCAGCUCCGUCAAUGUCGAGCGGUGGAAUCGCCGCGGUGUUCUUCUUCUACCUCUGGACUGUCUUUUACUCCCCCACGUGGAAUCCGAUCCCCUGGGUGCUCAACUCUGAGAUGUUUAACGAGAAUUCCAGAUCACUCGGUCAAGCUUCCGCUGCUGCCAACAACUGGUUCUGGAACUUCAUUGUCUCUCGCUUUACCCCGCAAAUGUUUAUCAAGAUGGGCUAUGGCGUCUACUUCUUUUUUGCGUCGCUUAUGAUCCUCUCCGCUAUCUUCGUCUUCUUCUUCAUUCCUGAGACCAAGGGCCUGCCGCUUGACACGAUGGAUCGUCUCUUUGAAAUCAAGCCCGUGUGGAAGGCCCAUGGCCAACUGUCUGAGGAACUGAGGCUACAGGAGGAGGAAUUUCGACGUAAUGCGGAGGGUGCCGACCUUAGUGCUGAGAAGACUCUAGCUAUUGCUGAAGAAAGUGAGCGGGUUUGA